UACCCACCGCCAACAAGUGGGCUGGGCCUCCACUACCGCAGACCAAUAAACCAAGCCCAGCUCACGAGCUCCACCGCGUGUCCGCGUCUCGUGUUUCCUUUCCUGCAGGCCGCGCGGUCGGAGGUGUUCCGGCACGUGCUGUCCGGCGACGAGCGCUUCAAGGUCCCCGCCGGCGACUCCAUCUCCCUCCCGGAGCUCUCCCACAACGAGCUAUCCCACCUCCUCGCCUUCUUCUACACCGGCGCGCUCGAAGAAGGCGAUGGCGGGGUUGUCCCCGAGCAGGAGGAGCGGCGGCGGCGGCACUACUACGCGCUGCUGGUGGCGGCGGACAAGUACGACGUGCCGUUCCUGCGGCGGGCGUGCGAGGCGCGGCUGGCGGCGGGCGUGGAGCCCCGGAACGCGCUGCGGACGCUGGAGGUGGAGGAGCUGAGCUCCAGCGCCGCGCUCAUGGAGCGCGCCAUGGGCACGGUGCUGGAGCACGCGGAGGAGGUGGUGUUCUCCGCAGAGUACGGCGAGUUCGCCGCCAGGAACGCCGGGCUGUGCUUCGAGAUCACCCGGGCGCUGCUGGCCAACAAGAUGUCGAGGACGACGACUAACUGCACAGAGCUUGAAAGCAGCUAAGCUUAUCUUUAGUUGUGACUUGUGUGAGUGACAGCGUACAUACAUGUGUAGAGCUCCAUCGAUGGAUCAGUCACAUGCAUAGUAUCGCAUGAUUUGUUCUUCUCUAUCUCAUUUGCCGAUGAAGAUCAAACAAGUGCUUUUGUUUCGAUCAUCAGCAUCAUGUUGCAUCUAUCUACUAUCCCUAAUAAUCUACAGCUUCAUCCUUAA